GGAAGGAUGAUGACGCUACUUCCGCAGGGUUAAACCGGGGAAAGUUGUUUCCUGAACACUUGCAGUUGUGGACGUUUCUUCUCGUUUUAUGCGUUUUCAGCUGAACUCUAAGCAUCAACAGGCAGCGGGAGUAAAUGCUUGUAGACGGAUAAUAAUGCAGAAAAGGACAGGAAGUGUCGUGUUUAAAGAGUUUUAGAGAAUGGAGGUGACGAGUAAAGAGGACAGCCUGUCUGGUGCAUUGCCUGAAGAUGAGGUGAACAUACAGCUCCAGCUGGUCGAGUGCCGAGCGCAGUUGGAGCACUGGCAGGGAGUGGCGAAGAUCUGCGAGCUGAGCAAACAGGAGGAGCUACAGGACCUGCAGAGACAGUGUGACCAGGAGAUACAGUCACUCCACGAGGCCCUGAGAGAAACAGCCUCUCAGUAUGAAGCCAGAAUAUCUGCCCUACAAUCAGAGCGUGCCCAGUGGAGGAGAGCAGGGUUCAGUCCUGAAAACAGGGACAGCAGAAAGAAAGGAAGGAUAGAGAGUGCAUCUCCACCUAGCGAGAGGUUGAAGAACGAGUCUCCUGAGGGUGCGGCAGGUGACGGUGACCCUCAGGAGCUGCUGGCCGAGCUCUCUGACGCAGAGAGGACAGGGCUCCACAUGGAGGGAUUCUACACACAGCAGUGUGACACCUCCUCUCUGUCCUGCUUCUCUCUGGAUACCCCGUCCCUGCCCCGGCGCGCGCCCCCUCAGGAUGACACUGCUUCCCUGGUUUCAACAGGAACACUGGUGCCUGAAGCUAUCUACCUGCCGCCACCAGGCCACCGGCUGGUCACACACACAGACUGGGAUGGACUCCAAGCACAAGUGGCAGAGCUUCAGGAAGAAUUGACCCAAUUGAGAGAGCAGAAGGCACAACUUGAGAAGGAGCUGGACACUCAGACAACAGAAACCCAGAAACAGGUGGCAGUGCUCCAGUCCCAGGUGCAGACCUCUGAGACCCUCCUCCAAGAGCUGCAGAAAUCUUUCAGCCAAUCACAGAGCGCUGUACAGAGCAGAUUGAAAGAGCUGUCUCUGUCUCAGAGGAGAGUAUGUAGUGAGCUGUCCAGGUUGAAAGGGGGAGAGAUGGAAGAGAACACAGCCGGAGCUGAACACCCAGAGCUGUUUACUCUUCAGGGAGCACACACGGAAGAGAGGCUGCGUAUUGAAAUUGUGAACUUGAGGGAACAGCUGGAGAUGAGAACGGAAGAGAGCGAGGUCCUGGAGGUCCAGCUCUCCAGCCUUAAAACAGAGACCGACCGCAUCCAAAGCGAGAAAGAAAAGCUGGAGGGCGAGCUGCAGGAAUGUCGCACUGAGCUGCAAGGCCUCCGGGUGGCACUGUCACAUCUCCAGAGAGACGGCAAGACCCAGAACCAUGAGAAGACGGUGCUGCAGGAUCAGUGUUUAGAGCUGCGCAGUCAGGUGAUCAGUCUGCGCAGUCAGUUGGACACCAGCCAGGCUGUACAGAGGGACUUUGUGCAGCUCUCGCAGUCGCUACAGGUGAAGAUGGAGCAGAUUCGUCAGGCAGAAUCUCUGGACCAAGUCAGGCUCAUCCUUGGAGAACAACUUGAAGAAGAGAGUGACCAGCUCAGCAGUGCCACAUGAGCCAGUAGGACAUUAUCACCCUUUCUCUGGACCAAAGUGAAAAGGACUGCUUUAUGUUAUAGCCACAGAAAUGAACCAGGAUCAAGCUCAGAGUCUAGCAAAUUAAGAAUCUAGCAAACUACCAAUUAUUAACUGUGGUAAAUUUAGGAAACCAGCUUAUUUUACUGUUUCAGUGGACGUUGUUCUCUCACACAACUUACUAACUGAAACAUUUUACAGUAUGGGUUGAAGCUCAGUGAUUUAGAGCUAACAGCUGAUGAACUUAACAAGUCUUUGACACUGUGUCCACUAACCAGACAUCAACUCACUUAUAGUAACUGUACAAUAAAUUGGAGGGUGAGUAUCACUUGGCCAGUAUCCAUGAUAAUUCCUGCUAAACCUUAUAUACACAUACUCUUUUAUAUAUAUAUGUAAGUUUCAGUCACCAGCCAAAUUAUCAGAAACUUUAAAUCCUCCUAAAAGUGGCACACUUUAUUUGAAACCACUUGAUUCUGCAAAAAGAGCAAUAAUGCAAUUUUUCAUGAGCAGACCUGCAUUGAAGUCAGUAAUGGUGCACAAGAUUCUAACAUAUACAUAUGUCAGUUUGACCUGCAAGUAUGCAAUGAAAUUUCCAGUUAUGACUUCCAUAACGACAUGUCAACUCAUCCUACAAAUACAGUUAUUUUUACAGCAGUGUGCUGUAGGGGAAAGAGUAAAUCUGAUACAACUUUGUGUUGUACGUUAAUGCUAAUAGGUCAACAUGGGCAUUUCACCGUGUAAGACUGCCCAAAGUAAGACACCAGUGACCUCCUCAGGCAUGUUUUAUUGCAGGGAACAAUAAUAUCUUUGUAUAUGAACUUUCCUAGACUGUGACCCUGUGUUAUCUUAUGACUCCAUGUAAAAUAAACUAACACUAGGCUUAAUCUGGGUCCAAGACACCAGUCUUAUGAGUGCAUUGAUCAUGCCUUCAGUAGCGUGAUAAUAUUUAUUAUGUUGUGUGCCAUUAUCGGCUUUAUACAUCAUACAACUGUAAAUUAACAUUUCACUUCACAGUGAGCAUUUUCUGUUUGGUUUUGUGUUCCAUUUGGAAGUGUUUUAUUAAAACCCCCUUUUGCCCAAAAGAGGAAUGUUGGAUUGUCUACAUUUAUCUUUCACACUCUCUCACCUUUAAUUUCAGCAUGUGUGUCGUCUUUAUACAGUAUAUAAAUGAGAACAUGCUGGAAAUAUACAGUUAAGUCCAAAACAUUUAGUGUGUUAUGUUUCACAGAUGUUCCUUCAAAAUGUUGUAUGUUAACAAAAUAAAUAGCUUAAAUGUUUUCACCUCUUUCUUUUUAAAUAUGAUAUAAAUAUUUUCUAAUAAUUUGUUUACCCACCAUUUGCUUUUUGCUCCAAAAGUUGUAAUAUUCCAAGCAUUUUUUCCUGACAUUUCUUCUUAUUCUGUCAGAUUGCUUGGCCUAUUUUGCGUAUUUAUCUUGACAGAUAUAUGAUAUAUUAUAGCUCUGUCAAAAUUUUGACUUUCUUGCUUUUGGCCCUUUUUAACUACUUGUAGUUUUUUUUAUAUAUAUACUGUGAAAUACAUUUUUCUAUUUUGCACCCAAAAACCUUUGCACUCUGCUGUGUUUAUACAAUAUGAGCAUUCAGCUUUUAGCACACCAAAAUCCCCUGCAUUGAAUUUACACGUACAGUAUUUAUGUAAAUAUGGUUAGACACAAACGAACACUGUAGGAGUUCAUGAAACAUUAGCUUUUUUCUUAAUUUCAUGCAAUAGCAUUUAACCACUUUAGGAGACACAGAACAGAGCCAAAGAAUCUUUUUAAAUAUAUAUCUUUAUUAAGAAAUAUAUUUUUAUUUUUUAGGAACAGAAUCCUUAAAAUACUAGUUGUUAUAAUGUUAAUUUAUUUAAAUACAUAAACUUAGAUCACAUUGAUAUUCACAGAACAUUGUGUGUUUUAUACAUUUUCUUUCAAUUUUUUUCUUCCUUUUUUCAGGUAUGUUGACUUGUUCACUGUUAGCUGCUUGAAUGUUUGUUGUAAUUCCUUUUGUGAUGGUAAUUGUGCUCAUUCUUUAAAGCCAGUUCUUUCUCAUUUCA